AUGUCUAGCACAAACUCCCAUUCAUUGAAUUGGCACUACGCAGAGCUAGACGAGAGAGACCUCGAAAUCAGAGGCAGAACACUCUUCUUCAUAAUCGUUCUCUUCUCCAUCUUCCUUCUCGCCAUCGUUCUCUUCUUCUACACUCGCUGGAUCUGUCGCUACCACUCCCGCAUCACCUCCACUACACUCUCUACUUCCAUCCACGCGCCGCCGCCGCCUCCACCUCAGGGACUCGACCCUGUUUCCAUCAAGAAACUUCCGAUAAUUCUUCACCAGACACCGGCAGACCCAGAAAACGGCGCGUGGGAAGACACCGAGUGCUGUAUCUGUCUAGGAGAGUUUAAAGACGGAGAGAAACUGAAGAUUCUACCAGGUUGUGAACAUUACUUUCAUUGUGACUGUGUUGAUAAGUGGCUAACUCAUCAAUCUAGUUGUCCACUUUGUAGAGGCUCUCUCAAAGUUGAAUCUUCUUUUCCAAAGAUUUUGAUUCAGGAACCACCCAUUAGAAUUGAUAUCCAAUUCUAG